AUGUUGUACUCACGCAUUGCUCUAUCUCUUAUAAUAUCAGUAUCGGUGACGGUAGCACUAGAACUCGACAUAGAAGACAAAGACUCUGUAUGCGCUGCAGCUGCAGCAAUAGUUCAAGGUGAAUGGAACUAUUACGACGCUUUCAACUAUGGAGGGGUCAUUGGUAAGUUCACAACACCAUACUAUUGGUGGCAGGCAGGUUUAUGCUUCGGAGGUAUGUUGCACUACUUUCAAGUGUGUGACCCAACGAAUUCUACACUUGAAAAGUUAAUCUUUGAUGGGAUGUACAUUCAAGCCGGAGAUGACUAUAACUACAUGCCAUCUAAUGAAACUUUCGUCGAAGGUAAUGAUGAUCAAGGUGUGUGGGGUCUAACUACAAUGGAAGCUGUGGAAAGAAACUUUACCAAUUCAGAAGAUCAUAGUUGGUUGGAAUUGACUCAAGCCAUUUAUAAUACAAUGAAUUCAAGAUGGGAUGAAACCAAUUGUGGGGGUGGCUUAAGAUGGCAGAUCUUCACUUGGAAUUCUGGUUAUGACUAUAAGAAUUCUAUUGCCAAUGGGUGUUUAUUUCAUAUCUCAGCUAGGCUUGCUAGAUACACGAAGAAUGAUACCUAUGUUGAAACAGCAGACAGGAUUUGGAAUUGGAUGAUUUCUGUUGGUUUUAUUGUAUAUGAAGAUGUUGAUGGAGGUGAAUUCAUAAUCUACGAUGGAGGAAACAUUCCCACUUGCAGUGAAAAGGUAACGAAGUUAAGGUGGAGUUAUAACUACGGAAUUUUCAUGGCUGGUUGUGCUUAUUUAUACAAUCACACUCAGAAUGAUACUUGGGCUGAAAGAGCACAGGAAAUUCUAACAGCCGGUAGUUACUUUUUUAAUGGCGAGAUAAUGACUGAGACAACAUGUCAACACGCCGGAACAUGUAACAACGAUCAAAGAUCAUUUAGAGCCAUAUGGGCAAGAUGUUUGUCGUUGACAUCCAUUUUAAUUCCUCAUUUGUAUGACGAUAUCAGGCCAUAUAUAGAGGAUAAUGCUGCUGCUGCUGCUGCUUCGUGCUCUGGUGGUUCUGAUGGGGUCACAUGUGGCCUCGAUUGGUCCGUUAAAAAGUGGGAUGGAAAGUAUGGCUUGGGUGAACAAAUGUCUGCAUUGGAAGUCAUUAUGGCAGUGUUAUCUAAGGUCGAGACUGCUCCAUACACCAGUACUAAUGGAGGAUCAUCUAAGGGUAACCCUGAAGCAGGAACAAACACCAAUACAGAAACGAAUAGAAAAUUGGUAACAAUAACAGGUAAGGAUAGAGCUGGUGCGGGCAUCCUUACCGCCCUUGUUCUUCUUAUCAUACUAGGAGGAGGUGUGUGGAUGAUUUUCUGA